GGCGGCGGCAGGACGAGGGAACGAUGACGACAGAACGAGGUUAUUGGAGUAACCUGACGACUCUGCAGAAAGUCGCUCUGGUCCUCGGGAUCCCAGCCGGUGCCACGGUCCUCUACAUCCUGUACCGCAGGUACCGGGAGAGCCGAGAAGAGCGGCUGACCUUCCUGGGUGAAGAGGACCUGGAAAUCGAGAUGAGAGUGCCCCGGGCGACCGUGAAAUCCAUCAUCGGACGGAAGGGAGCUACCAUCAAACAGCUGAGGAGGGAGACGGGGGCGCACAUCGACAUGGAGGCCGAGGACAGCGGCGAGGAGCAGGUGCUGGUGAUCUCGGGCUCCCCCGGCCAAGUGUGCAAGGCGAAAGCCGCCAUCCACCAGAUCGUGGCGGAGAACGCGCCGGUGUUGGAGCAGUUCCACGUGCCCCAGAGAGCCAUCGGCAGGAUUAUCGGCCGGGGUGGUGAGACGGUGCGGGCCAUCUGCCGUAGCUCGGGGGCCAAGGUGGUCUGCGAGCGCGAGGCCGACACCAGCCUGUCCCUGACCCGACUCAUCCAGCUCUCGGGGACCCGGAAGGAGGUGGCCGCCGCCAAGAAACUCAUCGUGGAGAAACUGAUGGAGGACGACGCGUUUCGGAGGGAGCUGGCCCAGUCCACAGCGAUGCGUUGUCAACGCAAGCAGCCCUUGGGCACAAGGAGGGAGCAGGCAGCAGAGCCCGAGGCAGUGUCACUCCCCAACGGGGCUCUUGGCCACCGGCCAGCUGCUCCGGAGCAUGGAGAAGGGGAUGGAGGCUCAUUCUGGGAUGGAGGCUCAUUCUGGGAUGGAGGCUCUGCUCUGGAUGAAGCUGCUUUUGUGGAUACUCAGGAGCUGAGGGCUGAGGGCGAGUUCCUGGAAGAAGCAGCUGCAAGGCCUGAUACAGCUGUGCCGAAAUUUGAGGUUCCCAGCCCCGAUUUCAGCUUCCAUGCAGACGAGCACCUGGAGGUUUACGUCUCAGCUGCGGAAAACCCCAACCACUUCUGGAUACAGAUCAUCGGCAACCGCAGCCUGCAGCUGGACAAGCUGACCUACGAGAUGUCGCAGUACUACGAGAGCAGCGGCCGCGCGGCAGAGCUCUCAACCGUACAAGCAGGGGAUAUUGUGGCUGCUCCCUACAUGGACAGCAGUGCCUGGUACCGGGCCCGCAUUCUGGGCACCCUGGAAAAUGGCAACUUUGAUCUUUACUAUGUGGAUUUUGGGGAUAACGGCGAGGCCCCCCAAGAGGCGCUGCGAGCCCUGCGGACCGACUUUCUGAGCCUGCCUUUCCAGGCCAUCGAGUGCAGCCUGGCUGGGAUCAUGCCUGCUGGGAACGAGUGGGAAGAGGCAGCCCUGGAUGAGUUUGACCGGCUCACUUACUGUGCCAACUGGAAACCUCUGGUGGCAAAAAUUUCCAGCUACAUCCAGGCUGGGCUCUGCACCUGGCCAAACAUCACCCUGUACGAUGUCCACCACGGGAAGAACCUCGACAUCGGGGCAGAGCUGGUGCGGCUGGGCUACGCUGUCUGGCGUCCCCAGGAGGACAGGGAAGGGGCGGCGGGGGAUGGACCCCCGCGGCUGGUGAAGGAGGCCGCGGCGGAGACGCUGGAGAGCAUCACGGGUGACUCCCUCGAGAGUCUCUUGUUGGAGUCCCGGAAGAGUCCUAACGAGACCCCCCUGACCCUGUCCUGCGUCAGCCUUUCAGAAGGUGCCUCCGUGUCCGGCAGUGACGACGUCGUCGUGGCAGAGAGCAGCUCCCCGUGACGCCGUCGUGAGCAGGAGGCGGCUGGGCUGGGUUCAGGCCGGAGUGGGGAUGGAGAAGGGACAAUUCUGGCAGAAGAAAGGAAUUGGAAGCGGCUGCGUGGGGGAAACAACGCGCAGGUAUGUGCGGCACUCCGGCUGCGCUGCUCUGCUCGCUCAGGCCCUGCACCGUUCCCUCGUGCCACGCAGCCCUUGCUUCUUCGGGGUUAUCCCGCACCUCUGUAAGGCAGGAUUGAUCCCUCCUCUUGUGCUCCGCCGCCGUCCGCUCCUGCCCUGCCAAAGCUGCUCGCCCGAGACCCCCACGCCUCGCACGGACGCUGCCUCUCGCCUGCCUUUGGGCCCCGUUCUCGCCACGAGGUCCGUUCACCAAAGAAACGCCCUUCCCGCCCUGCCUUGAGGAAAACCGGCCCGCGAGGCGCCAGCUUUGCCUCUUGCCGAGGGAGGAAGGCUGCGAAACGCUUUUCGGGGACCUGCUCCCGGCCUGAACACCGCCGCUGCGGCGAGCGAACUCUCCCCUGCUUCACCCCGAUCUCGUGGAGGACGAGGGGCAGCAGAGCGCCCCGGCUCUGCCCUCGACGCUGCUCGGAGGACACGGGCAAAGCCUUUUCUCACCCGGUGAGGGUCCCCGCAUCGCUCUGUUCCCAGCCAGAUGGAUUUUUGGAAGCUGAACUGGCUGCAGCUCUAUAAAAUCCAAGAGAUCCCUCGCGUAAGAGAAGUUCCUGAGCUGACCCCUCUGAACUGAGCUCGAGGCAGGUAGUUCUUUUUCAGCUUUGAUUGAGUUUGACUUUAAAACAAUUUCCCAAGCAUCAUUUUGUCUCUUAACCGCUGCACUGGCCUGUCUUUCCUCCGCCCCGAAAGGGGACAACGCAAUCCCUCCUGUUUCUGAAAAAAUCCCUCGUUCAGGGCAGUCGAAGUCUCCAUCUCGGCCCUGAGGAUAAACUAGGGCUCCUUUUAUUAUUAUUAUUAUUAUUUUUGGCCUGUUCCUUGCAGGAAAUCGUGGGUAAAACGAAAGUGUGUGGCCAGGGUGGAGGGAUUUUUGCGGUGGCCUGAGCCGAGGUGGAUUUGAAGGACUCGACGGCGGCGCUUUUAAGCUGCGUUUCUUCCGUUUUGUGUUUUGGUUUACAAGUUUGCGGUCACCGGUGUGACUCCGUUUCGGGCUGUUGCCUCUGUUCAGUUGUGGUUUUACCGUUUUCGCCCCAGCCUGGUUUUAGGGCGAGGGGAAAAGAACCUGGUUUUGUUUCCUGAUUCAAUAAAG